GUAGGACCAGCAGCACCCACUAGAACCAACAGUAGUGGUUGUUUCCUGGAUCUAGUCUCGCUAUCAGUCCUUGUUCCAGCAGGGGGGAGGAGGUGGAGGAGGAGGAAGGGGGGAGUUGGUCUUUUAUCGGAUUGAUUCCUGACCCAAUCGGGUUCUGUUCUGCGGUGCUGCAGUGUGUCACAGCUGUUUGUGUAGCUGCUUUCUAACAAGGGGAAGAUAUUGGUGCAUUUUUGUGUUUUUCUAAUCCAAUUCCCGGCCUGCUGAUCAUUUUGCCCCCACCGCUACAGUCUCGUCAAGUUGCUGGCUGGAUAUGGAGGAACCUCAGUGAGCUCAACGCGCCGACAUCGGAGGACGUGAUCCCCGCCAGUGGAGCUCGCGUAACCGGCCAAACAUGUUGGUGCCCCCGUUUCCAUGGUAACCAAGAGAAGCAUGUCCGUCCAAGAAAGGAGUUAACCUCGCCUCCUCUACCUGUCGAACUACCCACCAUUUCCUGUCAACUGACAACCCACUGUGACUUUUACAUUCAUUGAAUACACUAACGACAACCACCCGGCUCUGAAAAGAGGAUUGUCAUGGCCAACAACACAGCAGACCACCCUGCGGGGAACUCUGUUGCUGAUGGCAACCACGAUGGGGACUUUGGAGUGACUGUGAUGGACCUGAGGGGUCUGAUGGAGCUGCGGAGCGGAGAGGCCGUCAACAAAAUACGGGACUCGUACGGAGACGUGCAGGGCAUUUGCCGCCGCCUGAAAACAUCGCCUAUUGAAGGUCUGUCUGGGAACCCCGUGGAUCUGGAGAAACGACACACUGCAUUUGGAAAGAACUUCAUCCCGCCAAAAAAGGCCAAGACUUUCCUGCAGCUGGUGUGGGAAGCUCUGCAAGAUGUCACGCUCAUAAUCCUGGAGAUAGCAGCCAUCAUCUCACUGGGCUUGUCUUUCUACCAUCUACCAGGAGGAGACAGUGAAGCAUGUGGCCAGGCAUCAGGUGGCGUGGAGGACGAAGGCGAGGCCCAGGCGGGCUGGAUCGAGGGCGCCGCCAUCCUGUUCUCAGUCAUUAUUGUGGUCCUGGUGACAGCCUUCAACGACUGGUCCAAGGAGAAGCAGUUCAGAGGGCUUCAGAGUCGCAUCGAGCAAGAGCAGAAGUUCACGGUCAUCCGUAAAGGCCAGGUCAUUCAAAUCCCCGUGGCUGAGAUCGUGGUGGGAGACAUUGCCCAAAUCAAAUAUGGAGAUCUGCUGCCCGCUGACGGCAUUCUGAUCCAAGGCAACGACCUGAAGAUUGAUGAGAGCUCCCUGACUGGUGAAUCCGAUCAGGUCCGCAAGUCUCUGGAGAAGGAUCCCAUGUUGCUGUCUGGCACACAUGUGAUGGAGGGCUCGGGCAGGAUGGUGGUGUCGGCGGUCGGCCUCAACUCUCAAACCGGAAUUAUCUUCACGCUGCUGGGUGCCAGUGAGAAUGAAGAGGAGAAGAAGGUCAAGAAAAGUAAAAAACAAGGACCCCCCGAAAAUCGCAACAAAGCCAAGACCCAGGACGGCAUCGCCCUCGAGAUCCAGCCGCUGAAGAGCGAGGAGGCCGCCGAGUCAGAGGAGAAGGAGGAGAAGGAGGAGGCCAAGCCGGUCAAGAAGGUCAAUGUACCCAAGAAGGAAAAGUCUGUGCUGCAGGGCAAACUGACCAGACUUGCUGUGCAGAUUGGCAAGGCUGGUCUCAUUAUGUCAGCAGUGACAGUCAUCAUCCUCAUCCUCUACUUUGUCAUCGACACCUUUGGGAUCAAGGGUCACACAUGGACGGCCGACUGCACGCCAAUCUACAUUCAGUACUUUGUCAAGUUCUUCAUUAUUGGCGUGACUGUGCUGGUGGUGGCCGUUCCCGAGGGUCUGCCACUGGCCGUCACCAUCUCACUGGCCUACUCUGUGAAGAAAAUGAUGAAGGACAACAACUUGGUGCGUCACCUGGACGCCUGCGAGACCAUGGGCAAUGCCACGGCCAUCUGUUCCGACAAGACUGGCACACUGACCAUGAACCGCAUGACAGUGGUGCAGGCGUACAUCGGCGACACGCAUUAUAAAACCGUACCGGAGCCAGACCUCAUCAGACCAGGAACCCUGGAAAUUAUGGUCAACAGCAUCUCCAUCAACUCAGCCUACACCACCAAGAUCCUGCCUCCAGAGAAAGAAGGUGGUCUCCCCCGUCACGUGGGCAACAAGACGGAGUGCGCUCUGCUGGGCCUGGUGCUGGAACUGAAGAGGGACUACCAGCCAAUUAGAGAAGAGGUGCCUGAGGAGAAGCUCUAUAAGGUCUACACCUUCAACUCCUCCCGCAAGUCCAUGAGUACAGUGCUGAAGAACGCCGAUGGAGGCUUCCGCAUGUACAGCAAGGGAGCAUCAGAGAUCAUCCUCAGGAAGUGCUCUCGUAUCCUGGACGCUGACGGCCAGCCUCGUGUCUUCAAGCCAAAAGACAGAGAUGAGAUGGUGCGCAAGGUAAUCGAGCCCAUGGCCUGUGACGGCUUGAGGACCAUCUGUGUGGCCUUCAGGGACUUUCCCGUUGAGGCGGGAGAGCCCAACUGGGAUGUCGAGAAUGAAAUCCUCAACGAACUCACCUGCAUCGCCGUGGUCGGUAUUGAGGACCCCGUCAGACCUGAGGUACCUGCAGCUAUCGCCAAGUGCCAGCGUGCAGGUAUCACAGUGCGCAUGGUUACAGGCGACAACAUCAACACGGCCCGGGCCAUUGCGACAAAGUGUGGCAUCCUCCUCCCCAACGAGGACUUCCUUUGCCUGGAGGGCAAAGAGUUCAACCAGCAGAUCAGGAACGAUAAGGGCGAGGUGGAACAAGAGCGCCUCGACAAAGUUUGGCCCAAACUGCGUGUUCUGGCUCGUUCAUCUCCAACAGACAAACACACGCUGGUCAAAGGCAUCAUUGACAGCACGGUGGGCGAGACCCGCCAGGUGGUGGCAGUGACAGGAGAUGGAACGAACGAUGGCCCCGCCCUCAAGAAAGCUGAUGUUGGCUUCGCCAUGGGUAUUGCUGGUACCGAUGUGGCCAAAGAAGCGUCUGACAUCAUCCUGACAGACGACAACUUCACUAGCAUCGUCAAAGCUGUCAUGUGGGGCAGGAACGUCUACGACAGCAUCUCCAAGUUCCUUCAGUUUCAGCUGACCGUCAAUGUGGUCGCCGUCAUUGUGGCCUUCACGGGUGCCUGCAUCACGCAGGACUCCCCUCUGAAGGCUGUCCAGAUGUUGUGGGUCAACCUCAUCAUGGACACGCUGGCGUCGCUGGCACUGGCCACCGAGCCGCCCACGGAAUCUCUGUUGCUACGGAAACCGUACGGCCGUAACAAGCCCCUCAUCUCCAGGACCAUGAUGAAAAACAUCCUGGGCCACGCCGUGUACCAGCUCGUCAUCAUCUUCACCCUCUUGUUUGCUGGCGAGAAAUUCUUCGACAUCGACAGCGGGCGUAACGCUCCCUUGCACUCACCACCAUCGGAGCACUACACCAUCGUCUUCAAUGUCUUCGUCAUGAUGCAGCUCUUCAACGAGAUCAACGCCAGGAAGAUCCACGGCGAAAGGAACGUCUUUGAGGGUGUCUACAGGAACCCAAUCUUCUGCAGCGUUGUGCUAGGAACCUUCGCCCUGCAGAUCAUCAUCGUUCAGUUUGGUGGGAAGCCGUUCUCUUGCACAGCUCUGACCAUCGACCAGUGGCUGUGGUGUGUCUUCAUUGGCGUGGGGGAGCUGCUGUGGGGACAGCUGAUUUCGGCCAUCCCCACCCACCACCUGAAGUUCCUCAAGGAGGCAGGUCACGGCAUCACCAAGGAGGAGAUUCCGGAAGAGGAGCUGACUGAGGACGCAGACGAGAUCGACCACGCCGAGAUGGAGCUGAGGAGGGGCCAGAUCCUCUGGUUCAGAGGUCUGAACCGCAUCCAGACCCAGAUUAAGGUGGUCAACGCGUUCCGUAGCUCCCUGUAUGAGGGGCUGCAGAGUCCAGAGUCGCGUAGCUCCAUCCACAGCUUCAUGGCCCAUCCUGAGUUCGUCCCCCUGUCCGAGGAGGAGGCUCGCAUCCCCCCCAUCGAGGAGACCGGAGACGAGAUCGAAUCCCUCCCCAGCACCUCCUCCGGGGCGGGGGACGCAUGAGCAAGUUAUUCAUUUGAGCUCCUCCUCCUCUUCUCUCAGCAUCACACCCUCCAUUUGUCCUCCACACCAUGUUGUCUUUGUCAUACAGACUGCGGCCUCAUUUUGCUUGUAAGUCCUCGCCCACACAGACUGACCCCGACCACCACCAUCACACACAUGCAUCAGCAGAGGGUGGAGUCUCCACAGUGGAAAUCCCGCCCUUGUCCGUUCAUGUCUUUUUUUUUUGUAUCAAUUCUUUUUUUUUUUUUUUUUUUUUUUUUUUAGCAGCCAAUCCUUGUGAAACGCCUUUAACGUUUGCGGGUUUUGCAGGAGCAUGUCGUUUUCUCUACUCGCUUCCUUCUGGAAAAAAGGAAAAAAAAAACGGCACUGGACUUGACAAAAAAAAAAAAGCGAUGAUUGUCGUGUACAUACGCUUCCGCUUCCCCUCACAGCCAGGUCACAUGACCACCCCCAAGAUUUUUUUUUUUUUAAGACAAAUGCAAAAAUGUAACCCUAUUUUUCCCUUUCAAUGUUGAUUUUUUUUUUUUUUUUUUUUUUUUUUGGUCCUGUAAACAAUUGUUGAUAUGUUGAUUUUACGAUCCUACGACUGUCUCGUGAGUGUGACGCUACAGUCUGUAAGGUGGAACUCUUUCAAAAAAAAAAAAAAAAUGUUCUUCCUCCCUUACGGUGUCUUUUAUGUCCUGGUUUUUCUUUGGCUGCUGUGCUGCAUGUGGAAGGACUGAAUGUUUACUCUAAAAUAUCUAACAUGGCGGCGUCCACAGAGGCCUCGCUUCCUGCUCGCUUCUAACUGACCCCUCACCUGAAGCCGACGGUGGGCUUCUUUUCCACGUCACUCGUAGGAUGCAUGUUCUGUCUCACUGGUGUUGCGUCGCAUGAUAACUUAGGAAUGAAUAUUUGGGGACUCUGUUCAGUUGGCCGUCUGCGUGCUCACACAGCCUCUCACUUCCUGUCUGCUGGACUGAAGUUUACAAGAUGAAAUCUCGCACCUUCCGGAGUAGAAGAGCAGAAUUACGAGCAUUGAUUGCAUGUCUUGUACAUCCACCAGGAGGCGUCAUCAGCUAGCGUGAUGUAAAAGGUUCUGGUUUUUGAACAGUUUUACUGACAUAAAAUGAUGGGGGCCAAGUCAUUUGCCAAAGCCCAUCUGAGAUCUAACAGACGGGAUGCCACCUGUGUGUAUUCUGUAAUGCUGGGACGGACACGCACUUCUCCCGCCCUGUUGUGUGGAAAACAAUUGGCACUGUAAGGUCACGCUGUCAAGUAUUUAUGUCACACCACACGCUGACGCCGUCUAAUUAUCUGUGUGCGGGAUGCCGCUUACAGCAAUAUCCUUCACUCUGUUCCGCGUAAAGCACUUUUGUACCUUCAAGCUGCAGUUUUGCAGGACUAGUUUGAAGUAAUGCAGCAUCAGCUGAAGAACAAAGAGUCAGCAAAGUUUCUUUGACUUUGACCUCAAGCAGACAGGAAGCUGAUGGCUCUGUGGACACGCGUCGGCCAUCUUUGUGCGUUCCAGACAGAUAUUGUUUUGUUUUACCUCUCCCUCCUUUGUCAAACCUAUGUGGAGUCAGUUUGCUGACGGUGACGUCGUCCUGCUGUGGAUGCAGCCUCGUUAGUCCGGUCAUGACUUCCUGUUACUAAAAGUGUGUCAGGGAGGCCUCCUGCCAUAUUUGUGUGAAAGCUUCUUCUGACCAGCUUUUUCUAUGUAACUCAGAGCCAUAUUCUACUCCAUUCUUCUCUCAGAUGGCUUUUCCUUUGAACUUUCACCCCACCAAUCACCGGCCCCUUGGCCCUUUUAGUCCACACACAACCAAAAAAACAACAAAAAAAAAAAAGCAGGGAGCAAACCCUCCGUCGUCACUGCCGAAAGAGUCUCAAAGGACCUCUACGAUGUUUACAUGAAGCGUCACGCCACCACUUCCCUUCAUUCCCUUAGCUUUCCUCCAAUCUUGCUACGUAACGGAAUGGGGAAACUUCCUUGCAUGGUUUUCAUAUCGAUUUCAAUGUGUUGCUCAUUUUUUACGAUUCUUCUGUAUUUUUAUAUUCAGUACUUUUUAAUAUUUUGGAGAAUAUAUGAUGUAUAGGCGUUGCCGAGCGUUCCAUGAAUGAGAUUGAUCCAGCGUCUUUUUUCGCGCUCUCUUAAAUAUCGAUGCCACGUGUGUCGCCAUGGUUACCUGACAUUAGGGCUCACGAACCUGCAAGUGACUUGUUUACGCUCUCUUCAAUUGGAACUCACUCGUAAAACCCGCCCUCUUCACACACACACGCGCACACACACACAAAGUGAUGAUAGUGAAACGGGAAUGUGUCCGUCUCCCUCCCACUUCCUGCUCUGCUUGUCGACGGACGCAUCUUUGUGGCUUAGCGCUGCGCUCCGAUUGGCUGAGGAGGAGCAAGGCCGUGUCCUGCCUCAGGCAGCGUCUCCUUCCAGAACCGGAACGACAAAGUGGAUCAAUAAUCAUGGAUCGGUUCGGAGGAGUGUCAAAACCUUGAUCCAGAACAUGUAGAGAACUCUGAACCUCCAAACGGCAUCACCUUGGCGACAGCAGCUUGACUCCGAAAGGGGGCGUGGCCUGUGACGGGACAUCACCAACUAAGUGGCAUGGAUGAGGACCUUUCAAAGUGACAUCACAUCCUCUUCCUGUGCGCCCCCUGCAGUCGGUACAUGUAAAUAGUGUCUUAUAGGAGGGCAGCCAGCUCAUCAUGAGCCAUCUUAGCUUUAAAGACGUUCUGCCAAAGUCUCUCAUGCUUUCUUUCUUUCUUCCUUCCAUACAAGUUUGUGGUUUCCAAGACCCCCUCCCCGACCAGCCCCUCCACCCCAAACCAAGCACACCCAUUUGUUGCGGUGGUCUCGUGUCGUGUUGGACUGGUUGCCCUCACGUCCGUCUGAUGUUGCUUGAUGCUCUUCACCAUCAAGAUUCAGGCUCAGACACAGACUGGUUUUUAGUUCCCGGAACAUACGUUUUUUUUUUUUUCUUGUUUUUUUAUGGAGAGGAAAGUUGCGUGUGAUCCCGCCAUUUGACUUCCUGCCUUUCUCAGAGCAGCUUCCUGUCGUGGGAACUUUGGAGAGACUUACAGAGAAAUUGACAGAACUCCCAGCCACUUUAUAUACUGAUGAUUACCUGAUAUCCAUAUAUUUAUAUCUAAUACGGUGGAACCUCCAAAGUCCAACACAGUCUGUUGCGUUACGUGACGCUGGUUGACUUGGAGUGAAUUCAUCUGUUCCGGUGUCAAACUGUGGCCAACAUAAAACCUUUAACUUUACAGGUCACAUUCCUUUUCUAUGGUUAUCAUUACACAUCACUGGUACCCUUCAGUGGUGGUGGUGGUGUUGUUUGUUUUUUUUUAAGCCAAAGAAAAAGCAAAACACUUGUGGUGUUAAACCUUCCUGGUUUAAGGGUGAUGAUUUGAACUUGUUUUUUUUUUUUAACAUUUUGGCUAAACCCCAGAUUGUACCACUUCUGGAGGUUCCACUGUACGUGUGUCUAAAUAAGUAUAUUAGAUUUAAAUAUAUUGAUAUACAUAUGGAGUUGGUGACAAAAAAGACUGAAACAAGUUUUGUUUUCUGUGAAUAUUAUGAAACACAUUAAUAAGCGUUGGUGUUAUUUUUGUAAGACAUAACCAUCUAUGUGGCAUGCAUGACAUAUAUCCAAAAUUUGGUGGUUUUAAAGCAAUAUGUCCAACCUGGUGCGAUUGGUUGCGUCGUGUUCUGUGUCGCCUCAAGCCACUCUGUACCAAAACCAAGGGGAAAAAAAAACAAACAAAAAAGAGCAACUGCAUUUGGAUAAAACUAACUGUCGAGUGUACGUGUUCAAUGUCGUGUUCUGCAUGUUUUAGUACGGAAUGGAACUUCCCAAAUGUUGACUUGUUUUCCACAACAAUCCCUCCAAGGACAUUUCAGAGUGUGGUGUCUGAUGGAUGGCUCAUUCCCAUUCUCACAUUAAUCCUCAUCACGCCCUCUCAUUCUCAGCCUCACCCCGCCAAUCACCUCCGCCGAUAUAUUUUGUAGAAGGUUGAUGUUGGGCAGCCAUGUCAGGUGACGUCAUGGCUGACGUGCUAAACGUUAGCUGAUGACGUCAUCGUGUCCAUCAGCGCUGCAAUUCAAGAUUGUAAAGAUUUAGUCAAAUGUAUUCCCCACUAAAGCAAUCAUUUGUGUCAAAUUGCUCACCCGCAGAUGUUCACUUUACUCAGCAGACAAAUCAACAUUUGAGAGGAGAAAUAAUACAAGGAAUGGUUGCCUGAAAGAGCACUGAAAAUUCUUAAUAAUCAUUAAAAUAUUUGCCAAAUUAUUUUUAUUGUUGUUUUUCCCCCAGUUGCUGUGUAGAAGCUUAGGAGAAAAAAAACAAAGUUUCUUUGUAUUUGUCAGCUUUUUGUGUAGCUCGCUUGUGAACUCACAAAGUUGUUUAUGCUAGCAGUUUCCCUCCCUGUGGGCAGUCACCGUGCUAAGCUAGGCUAACACGAGCGCAAGCUGUCAUAUGUCUCAUUGAUAUUUUGCAACAAUAUUUUGAAAUAUUUGAUCUGAGGGUACUCUAAGGGUAAACGCUAAACAUGUAUAAAAACCUAAAAAGAUCACAUGACAGUUGUUUUGAGUGACAUGAAUGUGACUGUGUUAGACAGUUAGCCGUUAGCUAGUCAGGAAGUCAAGAAACAUGGCCGCCAGUCUUCAGCGAAAGAUUUUUUUGCGGAUUCCGUUUAAAUAUUGUUUUUCUGCUUUUGAAAAGUAUUGCAACUGUGCUGAGAAAUGCUCACGUCUUUUUAUUAAGGGCAACAUCUUUCCAUUUAAGAUCUAACACAUUGUGCUAGCAUGCCAACGUUAGCUCGGCAAGCUUUGUUUUGGUUGUACGACAAAGUUUAAGUUGUUGUGCUUAACAGGAAAAGUUCUGUGACAAAUUGCCUCGAUUUCACUUGAAGUCCACUAAUUUUGUGACAAGAACAUCCUGCUGAGGCCGGCAUGGUAGACGCAAGUAAUGAUAGUAUGAUGAUAAUCACUUGUGUACAAAAGAAGCGGCACCGUCAUAGAUCUUCUUAGUAAACCCGUCACUUAUUGGAUAGCGCCGGUUGAGCGUUUCCUUCUUCCUGUGUGUGUGUGUGUCUCUCACUUCCUGUGUGUUUGACCACUUCCCGUUGGCUUCAAUCUAUGCAACACGAUCGUCCCGUUCCACCGCAGCGCUUCCUUGGCUUCCUUCCCCGCCAUCGUCGUCUUCAUCCAGUGUCAGACCCUCCUAGAGGUCCAUUGCCGUGUGGAAGACAUGUAUGCACAUACACACACACACACACACACACACACACACGCAGACAUGUUUUCUUUGCUCUUGUAGAUAUGAUGUGGAAUGCCUUGCUCUUCUUAGUGUCAUGUUGUUUGAACUUAGCGCUGAACAAAAGAUGAUAAUCAAGUUGUUACAUAUGUCUAUGUAUAAUAUAUAAAUAUAUAUAUAUAAAUAUAUACAAAUCUAUACAUAAAAUAAAGCCAUUGGAA